CUAGCUAGCUAGUUAGUUUGUGCUCAGGUUUAUUGUUAAGGUUGUAUGGAGUAGCACUGCGAGUCUCAAUCCCUUUUCACAAUAUCAACAAAAGCAUUAACCAUGAGUUAAUGAUACUAGUCCUACUCUUAAGAAAGGAGACCACACACUACAUCAGCUCAGCUGUUGUUUCCACACACUGAGGAACAGAGCCACAUCAGCUGAAGGAACCUUUCCACCAGCAAUGAAUGACACCGGGAAAGAAGAGACACAGCUCCACCAACACUAAUACACACACUUACAUUAAUACCAAACAUACAACCUUUUAUUCCCUAAUCGUGUCUUGCCUCAACAUGGCAAACUCCGCUCUAGUGGUCCAAGCAGAACUAUUACCCCCUCAAUCGUCCUCCUCCCUCUCUCCCUUCCCAUCGCUGCAGGGACCAGGAGAAGGGGAGGAGGACAGGGAAAGGGGGGAAGAAGCGGAUGGGGAGAAAGGGAUGGUGGAGGGGGGUGAGGAUAUAGUGCUGACCGGGGUAGGGGUGCAGAUGGUGACGUCAUCGGUCCUGGCUGCGCCCCAUCUCCAGGAGCACCCUGAGCACCCGUUCCAGUGCCUGGAUUGUGGCAAGAGCUUCAAGUGGUCUUCAAGGCUGGCCCACCACCAGCGCAGCCACAACAACGAGAGGCCCUACCGCUGUAACCUCUGCCCCAAGGCCUUCAAGGGCUCCUCCGCACUCCUCUACCACCAGAGGUCUCAUUCAGGGGAGAAGCCCUAUAAGUGUGAGGACUGUGACAAAGCCUUCAAACGCUCCUCUCUGCUCCAGGUCCAUCGUAGCGUCCACACAGGCCUGCGGACCUUCCAGUGCCCCUACUGCCCGCUCACCUUCAAGUGGAGCUCCCACUACCAGUACCACCUGCGCCAGCACACAGGCGAGUGCCCCUACCCCUGCGACAGCUGCCCCAAGGCCUUCAAGAACUCCAGCAGCCUGCGCCGACACAAGAACGUGCACCUAGGUCUGAAACCCUACGUGUGCACCGUGUGUACCAAGGCCUUCACCCAGUCCACCAACCUCAGACAACACAUGAGAAUCCACACAGGAGAGAGGCCCUACAUCUGUGGAGAGUGUGGACGCAGUUUCACACACUCAUCCAAUCUGGCCCUGCACCGGAAUUCUCAAAGUCACACUGGUGAAGGAAAGGGGGGGGAGACAGGGGGAGGCAACAUGGGGGAUGAGAUACAGGAAGUGAUAGUGGGGGAGGACGUGACAUCACAAAUGUUGACGGACAUGGGCUUUGUGAGCCAGGAGGCCACGGUGGGGGUGGGGGUCGGGGAGGUAUUCCUAUCGUCAGGUCACCAGAACCUCCUGCCCCAUCUCACCCUCACCCCCACCCAGGGGGGCAUGUGCACAUCCAGGGCCAUCGGGACAGAAGUGCACGUGAGCACGGAGUCGGGCGCCAGCGUGCUGCUGUACAGCUGUGGCAGCUGUAGUCAGACAUUCAGCACACGGACAGAGCUAGAGGACCACCAGGCCAUGCACCUGGGCCCCGGGGAGGAGGGGGGCAGCGGGGUGGGGGAGGGGGGAGAGGGAGGGGUGGGGCAUCUGCUGGCUGACUUUGAGGAGGUGGUGGAGACAACGACGGCAGCAGCAGAGAACGGACACACUACGGCUGAACUACUGGGACUGACCGGGGGAGUGGACGGAGGGAAUAUGGGGACUACCCAGGCCCAGUUUGACCUGCUGCAGAGCUUCACAGUGGGGGCUCAGAUCCCCACAGACAGCGUGGAGACAGGGGGUAACACCACAGGGACGGGCACAGAGUGUGCCUACUGUGGGAAGAGCUUCAAGACCAGUGGAGGGCUCAACAGACACCUGGCACAGGUCCACUCCCUCUCUCCCUCCCAGUCUCGCUCCCAGUUCAGCUGCUCUGCAUGCGACCGCUCCUUCACCCUCCUCUCUUCCCUGCUCACCCACCAGCACUCCCACACCCCUGAGCAGCGCCUCCUGGCCGAGGCUGAGGCAGAGAUCGUCUGCCCCGCGUCCCUGUCCCUUUCCCUGCCCCUGCCCUCCUCCCCCAGCCAGGGGGACCAGCACCAGGACACCCAGGGGGAGAUCCACGUCAGCCUGAUGGCUGUGACCGAGGAGGAGGACAGGGAGAUGGUCAAGCCAUCCACCAGAGCAGUGGUCAAGGGCCAGAGGAGAGGAGCAGCUAGUAAGACUGCUGGGGGGAACAAUGAGAGGCCGUACCGUUGCUCUGAGUGUGGGAAGGCCUUCAAGGGCUCAUCAGGUCUGAGGUACCACAUGAGGGACCACACAGGAGAGAGACCCUACCGCUGCACAGAGUGUGGCAAGAGCUUCAAGAGGUCCUCACUGCUCUCCAUACACCAGAGGGUGCAUACAGGUGUGCGAGCGUUCCAGUGCCCCUACUGCCCGCUCACCUUCAAGUGGAGCUCCCACUACCAGUACCACCUGCGCCAGCACACGGGCGAGCGGCCCUACGUGUGUCAGGAGUGUGGCAAGUCCUUCAAAAACAGCAGCUGUCUGAGGAGACACAGUCAGCUCCACUCUGGCCUGCGCCCUCACAUCUGUCCCAUCUGCUCCAAGUCCUUCUCACAGACCUCCAACCUCAAACAGCACGAACGCACCCACUCAGGCGAGCGGCCCUUCCAGUGUGCCCAGUGUCACAAGAGCUUCACCCACUCCUCCAAUCUCCAGCUCCACCUGAGAACCCACUCCUCCAGGAAAGACUACAAGUGUCCCUUCUGUGGGAAGGAGUUUGUCAUGCAGUCCUACUUGCAGAGGCACAUGAGGACCCAUGGGAACGGGGCUGUGGCCGGGGAUGCUGGGGUGGGGGGGAAGGAGGGAGGCAGGGCAGGUGGAGGGGUGACAACCACCACCACCUUACUAAACCCCAUCACCCUAGAGACCACAGGGAACUCUGGGUCUCUGAUCGUGUCUCAGCCGGCGCUGGACAUUCCCCCCAACACCUCCCAGAACUACUUCAUGAUCCAGACAGCAAAUGGGCUUCAGCUCAUCCCCCUGUCUGCCCCCGCCCCCCCUCCUCCCCCUCCGCCUCCCCCCCAGACACAGUACAUCCUCCUACAGUGCCCCUCCACCAAUGGGAGCCAGCCCAGCCUGAUUCUCGUCCCCACCACAGCGACCAAUCCCCAGCCCACCCUGGAGCCCCAGGGCCUCCCAUUGGUCCAGACAGUUCUAAACCCUGCCCAAACCCAGAUGCAACAUUUCCAGACAAUAUCCCAGCAACAACAGCAGCCCAGGUUCAUCAUCACCACCAACAACAACAAUGUAAACAACCCUCCUGUUGCUAAGACAACAACUCCCUCCCUGAACUCUAUGCUGAACAAGCCCAUUUUAGGGAAAAGUACACGGACAGCCAGGUCCAGGAGAGGACGGAAACCCAAAGCCGCUGUAGGUCGGCAUACUAUCACCUCGGUUGCUACGACAACCACCUCUGUCACCAUGACAACAGCCCCCGUCAGUCAGUCGGGGGAUGUAAUACCUGUGUCUAGCUGUAAUGUAACUAGUGUCACUCCAGCUACUGUUACUGCUGCCAACACUAUGACAUCAUCAUUGCCAUCGUCUUUACCCGCCAAGUCACAAAGUCCUUUCUCACCACCAACAGCCUCUGUCUCUGUUUCUACCCCCUCCUCCUCUACCUCUGCCGCUGUUACCUCAGGACCCCUAAAGGUUGCCACAGUUAACUCAGUUACCACGGUUACCCCGUCCUCCCUGCCCUCUGACCCUGUGGCCUGGGUUGGGGAACCCCAAACCGCCCCAGAGUUGGGCAAGACCACUGAGCAGGACAUGAGAGGGGAACAGUAUGUCCUCUGCUUCCAGAAAGAAGGAGGGAAGAAGGAAGAGGUAAAGAUAGGAGGAGAGGGAGGAGGGUCCUACGUGUUGCAGUUUGAAGGGGAGGGGUCCGGGGAGGGGGGGCAAGGAGGAAUGGGCAGAGAGGGGGAUGGGGAGUCAUACGCCUUAAUGCCUCUGAAUGGGCAGGAGGUGGUGUUUGAGCUGGGGGAUGAGAACAAGAUGGUGGGCCAGGGGUCUGGAGAGAGUUUGCAGAUGAUAGCCCUGAUCCAAGGCGAAGGGGGUGGGGAGGGAGAAGGGGGCAGUUACAGCGGGGCAGGGGGGGCUGUAGGGGAGGGCAGGGGGCCAAUGGAUGGCAUCUUUCAGCUGGAGGGAGGAGAGGGGAUCGUCAUAAUUGAGGUUAGCACCAGCAGUCUAAGAGAAGGGGGGCUGGACAGAGGGGAAGGAGGAGUAACUGUAGAGAGGAGUGAAGCAAAAGGAGGGAGUGGAAUAACAGAGGCCUGA